CCUGCACAUCCCUGUCUCCGUCUUUCUUUUCUCGUCUCCCAAUCUUGAACUCGACUUCCGCAACCUUUGGGGUUGACUAUGAACUUGGUCCUUUAUAUGAGCGUCCUCAGCAUCCUCACACUUUGAUCAACGACUAGCUAUGGCCUGAUUCUAUCCUCUGAGGCUUCUUUGUCUCUCGAGCUCCCCCCAUCUUCAUCCUCUACUUUUCGUCUUCAUCGCCCGCGUCACGCCACCUCUCAGACCACAUCCAUCCUUCUCCAGCUUCCUCUUCCACAUUCUCGACAUCACCUUCACUCUUUGACAAACCGUUCUUACCGCCAUACCUCCUCUGCAUCUCCCAUAACUUCUACAUCUCUCCCCUUCCUUGGAUUCUCGAUUCCUCAGUCUCCUUCUCAUCCAUCAUGCCUCUCAUCCUCGACUCAUCCUUGGAUGCAGAUACCGACCUUCGGGAGCAAAGAAGAAGGGUUCAUCAUGAAGCCGACGUGGUGAUCAUUGGUGCUGGAGUUCUAGGCUGUGCGCUCGCCGUCGCAUUGGGAAACCAAGGCCGCAGUGUCAUCUUACUUGAGAAAUCACUCAAGGAGCCCGACCGUAUUGUGGGAGAACUGUUACAGCCAGGAGGUUAUUCGGCUUUGACAAAACUUGGUCUACGACAUACUCUUGACGACAUUGAUGCCAUACCUGUCACAGGCUACACAGUCCUAUAUUAUGACGAGGCAGUACAGAUCCCUUACCCUGCGAAUGCCGCUGGAAAAUCGUCUCCUGUUGCGAACAAGUCGCAAUCUUCAGCAUCACCCGAAGGCCGUUCCUUCCACCAUGGUCGUUUCAUUUCCCAACUGCGCCGUGCCGCAACUGUUCACCCCAAUAUUACUGUUUUCGAAACCGAAGCCACUGCUCUGAUAUCGUCUUCGUACAGCAAACAAAUUCUCGGUGUGGAAACACUGACUCGCAAAAUCCAAAAGGAUUUUUACUUUGGUGCUCUCACCGUUGCUUGUGACGGUUAUGCCUCCAAAUUCCGCAAGUCCUAUCAUCACAUCCAGCCAAAAGUCAAAUCGAGGUUUUGGGGUCUAGAAUUGAUCGAUGCCCAACUGCCCACCCCCCAGCAUGGGACGGUGUGCCUUGGAGACAAUGCGCCUGUGUUGCUCUAUCAGAUCGGAACUCAUGAGACUCGAGCUCUCGUGGACAUCCCAGAUGGACUGGAAUCGGCUUCCACCGCCAAUGGAGGAGUCAAAGGUCAUCUGGAAAAAGUGGUUCUGCCCUCACUUCCCCAAUGUGUUCAGCCCUCGUUUGCGGCCGCGCUAGAGAAAGGCUCGCUUCGAAGCAUGCCCAAUUCAUUGCUCCCAGCCACGACCAACCGAGCACCCGGUUUUGCAAUCCUAGGCGAUGCACUUAAUAUGAGACAUCCUUUGACAGGAGGAGGAAUGACUGUCGCAUUGAACGACGUGGUCCUCAUUGCAGAGUUGCUCUCUCCGAAAAAUGUCCCCGAUCUUGAAGACACCAAACUCGUCCUCCGCCAAUUCCGUGCCUUUCACUGGCGGCGGAAGAACUUGACGUCCAUCAUCAACAUCCUGGCCCAAGCUCUCUAUUCCUUGUUUGCCGCCAAUGACUGGCAGCUCCGAUAUCUGCAGAGCGGAUGCUUUCGAUAUUUCCAGCGAGGCGGGGAUUGUAUCGACGGCCCCGUGAGCUUACUCGCUGGAAUCAUUCGACAGCCGCUUGUCUUGAUCUACCACUUCUUCAGCGUCGCUUUGUUGAGUAUAUGGGUGUUGAUUCAACAAAAUGGGAUAUUCUUGUUCCCAUUGAGCCUGAUACAGGGACUUUUGGUGUUUUGGAAGGCAUGCAUGGUGAUAUUUCCUUAUAUAUUCAACGAGCUGAGGAGUUAGACUGUUUGAGGAUAUAUCAUGGUUUAAGCACUUGGAAGGUUCAGGUGGCUCCAGCAUGCAGACCUUUUGGUGUAUGUUGGCGAUAGUGCUUGGAUUGGCGAGCGACAAGUUUGAUUGAUGAGUGUAUGGCGCUGAUGGUGCUCAGAAGCAGUCUCUGGCGAGACGAUAAUGUUCCCAUCUUGGCUGGAUGUUCAACAAGAGGGUUUUAUACUGACCACUCUCAAUAUCAGUCUGGACAGCUAGGGAAGUGUAGAUAUGUACGAAUACGGUCAGCAAGCCAACCUGAUGGUUGGUCUAAUCAUUAAAAUGUCAUACACGUGGCACCCUUAAUUCUCCGAGCCACGCGUGAAAAUAAGGAGCACGCAAAGUCAGG